CUACGCAGGAAGGCCAGGCGUAGGACCCUGUGUUGAUUCGCGAGAGAGGGCGGUGUUGUUUCAUUUCUCGUCAUCAUCCAGUUUGUCUUAAUUCUGGACUGAACAUGCUGCUUUUUUCAUGCUAACCAUUUUUUUCUUCGUCUCAUCCACAAGUAAACGUUUCUCCCGAUGAUAUACGGCUAGUGGCCGAGCGUUUUUAUCGCGGACAUGGCAGACGAGGCUCUCUUUCAGUUCCUUCAUAAUGAAGUGAUCCAGUAUGUGAACAGUGCAGAAAGCGGAGAGACAGAAAACGGACGGUGCGUUUCCAAGCUGGAGAACAUGGGAUUCCGUGUGGGACAAGGACUCAUUGAAAGGUUUACCAAAGACACGGCACGCUUUAAGGAUGAGCUUGAUAUUAUGAAAUUUAUCUGCAAAGAUUUCUGGACCUGUGUGUUUAAGAAGCAGAUUGAUAACUUGAGAACGAACCAUCAGGGUAUUUAUGUCCUACAAGACAACAAGUUCCGGUUGCUGACCCAACUAUCCACUGGUAAACAGUAUUUGGAGCAUGCCCCAAAGUAUUUGGCGUUCACCUGUGGCCUGGUGAGAGGAGGACUGUCCAAUCUUGGUGUCAAGAGUAUUGUCACCGCUGAAGUGUCUGUCAUGCCAGCUUGUAAAUUCCAGGUCAUGAUCCAGAAGAUGUAGAACACUGUAAAGAAGCACACAUUUUUCAUUAUAUGUACUGUACACAUGUAACCUACUUUUAUUGCCUUUUGAUUUGUAAUGCAGUGUUUCUUUAUUUUUUUUCUCCAUUGAAGAUGCCUGAAAAUUACUUUUAUGCAAAGUAUAGCAUGUUGGGGUCCAGCCUUCUUAUAUUGUAGUAUUGAUUUGCACAAUAUUUUUGAUUUAUUAUGGCUUUUACACUACUUUGAUUAUAUAACGAUUAUAUGCUCUAAAUCAUGUUUGCACAUAAUAUCAUUAAAAGUCUAUCAAAGUUCUA